CUUGGGAAUUGUAGUUCAAUUUUUGUAUCCGCCGCAAGUGUUCUGUGAGCCAUUAGGGAAUCUUCCCAUCGUACUUUGGGGUUCCGGAAGUUCCGGGUAAAGUUCUGGGUGAAGUUCCGGGUGGAGUUCCGGGUGCCAACGAGUCUUAUGACUGGGGAAAUGGCCACUCUCUGUCUCUUCGACAUGGAUGGGACCCUGACUGCCCCGCGGCAGAAAAUUACAAAAGAAAUGGAUGGCUUUCUACAAAAAUUGAGGCAGAAGACCAAAAUUGGAGUGGUAGGUGGGUCAGAUUUUGAGAAACUGCAAGAGCAACUGGGAAAUGAUGUGGUUGAGAAAUACGAUUAUGUGUUUCCAGAGAAUGGCUUGGUAGCGUACAAAGAUGGGAAGCUAUUGUGUAAACAGAAUAUUCAAGGUCAUCUGGGGGAGGAUGUGAUCCAAGACCUGAUCAACUACUGUCUGAGCUACAUUGCAAAAAUUAAACUCCCUAAGAAAAGGGGAACUUUCAUCGAAUUCCGAAAUGGCAUGUUGAAUGUGUCCCCUAUUGGAAGAAGCUGCAGCCAAGAAGAACGAAUUGAAUUCUAUGAACUUGAUAAAAAAGAACAUAUACGACAAAAAUUCGUAGCAGACCUGCGGAAGGAAUUUGCAGGGAAAGGCCUCACAUUCUCCAUAGGUGGCCAGAUCAGCUUCGAUGUCUUUCCUGAAGGAUGGGACAAGCGGUAUUGCCUGAGACACCUGGAACAUGCUGGCUAUAAGACCAUUUAUUUCUUUGGAGACAAGACUAUGCCGGCUAGACACACCUACCAUCAACAGCACACCAGGCAACUUGGAGAAAGUCAGGGCUGAUUUAAUGUGAUCAACUCAUCUUGUUUGGCCUUUCCCUGAACAGGUAUGAUGGGCUAGUUAUAAGCCCCAUCCCUUGGUAAAGCCACCCCACCCUGGGCUCUCAUUACCCAAUCAGCAACCUGCCAUUCCCCUGCUCCAAGGAAGCUGGCCUCACUGUUGCCCUUCUGAGCCACAGGACCUAUAUGAGGGGCAGCCUCCUCUCCAUCUCCCCCACAUGGUCCCUGGUGAGCCUCAAGGCCCCCUUCAGACAUCCGCAGCAGAAACCCCAAGACCCUUCUCACAUUUACCUACAUCCCAUGUGCCACCACAGGGCAUUUGCCUACAAUCCACAUUAACAAGCUCUGUUCCAGAGCUCAGCUUUCCUGUGUUGGAUAAUGAAGGGACCUCAUCAGUUAGAACACACUGCAGAGUGGUGGGCACCCUAACCUCCCAGAUCACCCCCCACACACACACACACAUUCACACAGGUAUAUCUAGGACACAUACCCUUUACAGUCACCUCAUCUUGCACAAAACAAACUUUAUUGAGAAAGAGUUGGUUUAUGGGCUCAAACGUCUGGAUUGGGAGUCUAUUCUGUUUCCUAUACAGUCUCUAGCACUGGGUCCUGGGGUCCUUCCUUAUCUACAGGUUGACACUCUGCCUGAACAGAGGCGGUCUUUUCCAACACCUUGCAGUUCUGAUUAAGUCUACAGGCUGAAGUGACCUGACCAUACAAGAAAAGCUCUUUACAAAGGGUUCUGUGGGGGCAGAAGAAUCCAGAGGCCAUCCUGCCAGCAGAACUGGGUUGUCAGCUCAGUGAGGAGCAGGGCUCAUUAGGUCAACUGUGCCGCCCAAAGUCUAACCAUCCCAGAGAGAAAGCAAAGCUGUAUUGAUCACUACAAACAACGGGAUGACAGAGAAGGUUGUCAGUCUCCGGGAGCCUUCCUAGGUCAUGGCAAAUAUGGGUUUGGACUUCUGUUCCUUGACCACAAGAGAACCUCUGGGCAGUAAGCCAGGCCUGGUGUGAGGGACAUCAGUAUAGCUCAACAACAAAGACAGUCACACUGGGUGGUGGUGGGGAGCCAGCUGCACAAGACCCUAACAAUAUGUGCAUCCACAUAUUGUCUUCAUGCAUGUAGAAACCAGAAGACGACCUGUUUUCAUUUGUUUCCUAGGUGCUAGGCACUUUAAAAAAGAAAAAAGACAAAAGUAGGUUCUCUGACCUCAAAUUCGCCAAAUAGGCUAGGUUGGCUAGAUGGCCAACCCUAGGCAUCCACUGGUUCAGCCUCCCAGUUCUGGGACGGCUAAGUGUGCACCACCACAUCUAGCUUUUUCUGAGGAUCCAGCUCAUUCUUCAAACACUUUACCAACUGAGCCAUGUCACUGACCCCAUGUCUGAAAGCCACAGCCUUUGUUACCUUUAGGAUGGGUACAGUCCUCAGUGAAGUCACCACCGUAGAAUUUGCAUCCCUGUUCUGACAAGUGAGUUCUCACCUACAUUUCAAAACCCGUUGUAUUAGUCAGGGAGACACCCAUUUCCCAACUACUUCUAUUUUUGAAUCACAAGUAAAGUCAACCACCAAAAAGUCUAGGGAUCAGUUCAUUAGAAACACAUCUCCAGUGUUGCAGGCAGGGGCAAACAGAGGCUCUGUGGAGUUUGAACUAUGAAAGAAGAAAUUCAGCAGGGAACAAAGGCACACCUGUGACCCCAGCAAAUAGGAAGCCAAAGCAUGAAAGGUGCAAGAGUUUGGGGCUAUACAGCAGGAGCCUGCCUACCCCACCCCCCAACCCCAGGCAACCACACACACACCCAAAAAAAAAAGAAACAAA